AUGCCUGGACCUAAGCCCAACCUCAAUUCCUACUUCCACUUGCGGGAAGAGAAUUGUAACCUGUCUAUCAGUCUUUAUCGCCAUCCAGUGGUCUAUGGGCCAAAUAACACCAAAUUAUUGAGUGGAUUUGAAACAUUUAGGAAAAGGGAAGAAGCAGAAGCAGCUGUGCCCCCAGAGGGAGCCUCUCAGGAGAUGGAAGAGCUAGAUACCAACACCUCAAAGGAAGAAAGACUCUGCCACUUCUCUGAAGACUACAAGCAAAUCUACCUCUCCCUGACCUACAGUAUCAUCUUCGUGCUAGGGCUGCCCCUGAACGGCACCGUCUUGUGGCACUCCUGGCGCCAAACCAAGCACUGGAGCUGCGCCACCAUCUAUCUGGUGAACCUGAUGGUGGCCGAUCUGCUUUAUGUGCUGACCCUGCCCUUCCUCAUCAUCACCUACUCCCUGGGUGACAAGUGGCCCUUUGGGGAGCUGUUCUGCAGGCUGGUGCGUUUCCUGUUCUACACCAACCUCUACGGAAGCAUCCUGCUGCUGACCUGCAUCUCCGUGCAUCGCUUCCUGGGCGUGUGCCACCCGCUGCGUUCGCUGCCCUAUCGGACCCGCCGGCACGCCCUGCUGGGCACCGCUGCCACAUGGGCCUUGGUGGUCCUCCAGCUGCUGCCCACUCUGGUCUUCUCCCACACGGACCUCGUCGAUGGCCAGGUGGUCUGCUAUGACACGAGCAGCCCGAAGAAUUUUGAUCAGUUUUUUGUUUACAGCAUGGUCCUGACUUUGUCUGGCUUUCUUUCCCUCUUUGGUCAUCUUGGUGUGCUACUCACUGAUGGUCAGGAGCCUGACCAAGUCAGAGGAGAGCCUCACGAGGGUGGGCAGCACAGCCCGGGCCAAGUCCAUCCGGACUAUCCUGCUGGUGUGCGGCCUCUUCACCCUCUGUUUUGUGCCCUUCCACAUCAUGCGCUUCUUCUACCUCACGCUCCGCUUCCUGCCUUCACAGAACUGUCAGCUCCUGAUGGUGGCCAGCCUAGCCUACAAGCUGUGGAGACCUCUGGUGAGCCUGAGCUGCUGCCUCAACCCAGUCCUGUACUCCUGUCAGGUGGGAACAACAGAGUCAGGCUCUUCCAGGAACUGCGGCAUAACAAGAUGGGUGAGCACCCAGCUGAAGCCAAGGGAGACAGACCCAGGGGCGGGCAGAUCUGGGUACUGUCAAGAUGAAGUUCAGGGGGAAGAGAGCUCCAAGAUGUUGACAAUCACUUGUUUAAACACAGUCCACUUUCUAGUGGGAGAGGGACUCAAGACCUCCUAGUGGUGUCCUGCUAGAAAGGACUUUAUAUUGAUGGCAAGAGAUUUUAAAAUAAGAAUAUGAGAGGAGCCACUGACAAAAAGGAAAACUUCCUAAACUGAAUGAGAGCUAACAGUUAUCUCGUCAUUCAGAUCUCAACUCAAAUGUCAUCUCCUCUGCAGGCACUCCUGUCCACCGUAACCAAUGUUGACCUGUCACCCCCUAAUCCAGUCACUCUAUUAUAUUUCCCUAUUUAUUGUCUUUGUAACACUUAUUAGUACCUGGACUUGUUAAUCUGUUUACUUAUUUAUGGUCUUUUCCCCUAGAAUAUAGGCUCCAAUAAGACAGGGACCUCAUCUGUCUGACUGCUGUACCCCUAACGCCAGCUCCACAGCAGGGCCCAGCACUAGUGAGUGCACAACACACAGGGGCUGAAGGAAUAUGGAUGGAUGGAUGGAUGGAUGGAUGAAAGGAUGGAUGGAUGGAUGGAAGGGUGGAUGGAAGGAUGGAUGGAUGGAUGGAUGGAAGGAUGGAAGGAUGGAUGGGUGGGUGGAUGGAUGGAGCCCUUGCUACGUAAAUGCAUUUUACAUGGAGUAACUUAAUCCUCCCAACAACCCCUGGAGGUGGGAGCUACCAUUAGU